GCCUGCGCGGUCGAAGUCCCCUGCAAAACGACCUAUGUAGUGACUUUUAUCUCUGUAACAUUUGUGUUUCUUUUGGAAUUAUGUGUUGGCGAGAGACACGAUGCCAAGCUGCACAUCGCUGUGUGACUGUACGGGAGCGUAAAGACACAAAUAUCCCACACAGUUAAUGUUCACAGAUAGCUGAAGACAAAUGUUUGCCUUCAGAUAUUCAGGUGGUGGCGGUAUAAAACUCCAGUGACAGGUUAAACCAGCUCGUUAAACUUUGAUGUAGAGACCCUCAUAAAAUCUGAAUAAACAGAGUUCAUAAAAGAACGACGUCUAACGAUAAUGACAGAAAUGGCUGCAGAUGGUGUCGGUGCACCUCAUAUGGGAGUUUUUAAUGAAGCCAGCGAUCACAGCUUCUUUGGAAAACUCAAGAACCUACACGGCGGACCACCAGCCCCGCCUAAAAGAACAGACAACAAUGCAGGAUUUGGUUGGCCUCAGGACGAGUUUGAUGAUGAGGAGGGUGACAUGUAUGAAGCGCCGCCCUGUGAGCGUCCACCCGUGAAAGUCCCUCAGAGACAAGUGGAGGAGAAUGUUUAUUUGGAGAGAACGUCAAAUCCUGCCGUUCCACAGAGGCAGGCCGCUCCCCCGCCCAGACCAAGCAAACCCCCGACAGCUCAACCACGUGAGGAUUUACACUACGAUCCCAACAUCAAGAAACCGCCUGAGAUAGACAGAAAUGAAAAGCCCGGGAAAAAGAAGAUGAUGCCUCCCCCUGUGGCGCGGCCUGCUCCUGCACCAGUCCCCGCGUCCACGGAGGAAGAUGUUUAUCUGGAUCCAAACGAACAAGAGGAGGAUAAUGAUGACCUUUAUUUAGAGCCAACAGCAGCUUGCUCUCCUGCCGCGCGUGGCCCAAUGAGGAAGCCUCCAGCUCCCAUGGCCGUACUUGUACCUGCUCCCAUUCCCAUGAUGAAGCCUCCAGUUCCCAGAGCUAAGUCUAAUUCACAGUUGCCUUCAAUGAACGAGUUAAAAGCAGCUCCUCCGGUUGAAGCGAGACGGGCCACGUUUCCCUCCAAACUCCCCCCGCCGACUCCCGGGGUAAAGCCGCCUAUGCUGCCAAACCUGAAGGAAGCUAAACCCAGCCCUCCAAAUCCUCCUGUGGUAGAACCUAAGCCAGUGGCCUCCUAUGGCGGCACGAAGGCAACCAAACAAUCUGGGAACGAGGACAAAGAAUGGUUUGCUGGAGACUGCAACAGGAAGACAGCUGAGGAUCUCUUACAGAGAAUCAACAAGGACGGUGCCUUCCUCAUCCGACACAGCUCUGCGCAGAGCUCCCGCCAGCCGUACACCCUCGCUGUGCUCUACCAGCAGAAGGUGUACAACAUCCCCAUCCGCUAUCUGGAAGACACACAACGCUACGCCCUCGGAAAGGAGGGCAAGAAGAACGAAGAGGUUUUCACCAGUCUCGACGAUAUGAUUUCUUACCACAAGCUUAACCAACUGUUACUGAUUGACAGCAAGAGCCAGGCUAAGCAUACGGCAAAUUUAACUCACCCUGUGCGCCCUUAAACCUACACUACGACCAGCCUUUCUCACGCUGUGUUCACAUGAGUCACGGAGAUAAUGGCACCGUCUGAAAGUUUCCCACUUGGAAAUAUCGCGUGCCAUUCACAAAAUGUAAUUGCACCUCUAUGAAAUGUUUUUUUUUUUUAUUAUCAUUAUUAUUUCUUAUAAUAACUGGAAAAAGGCAAUGCACACUUUCCAUGCACUUACGUGCACUGGCAUGAAAGCCAGAGAUCAGCAAGUUCAGAUUUUUCUCUUUUGCACUGUGUCAUCAUUUUAACAGUUAUUGCAAAAGGUUAGCUGCGCCCGAGUGAAAAAAGACACUGUGUCACUUUGUUACUCUGACAAACACUGUCAUUCAGUCUAUAUCUGUCUGCCUCUGGAUGAAAUGAUUGAGGUCUUCCCUUUAUUUGAGCGACUUUUUUACAAAUAUUAUACCAGACCUCCUGCUCAUCAUCGCUGCAGUGGUCAGGUGUGAUGGACCAGUGAGUUAAAUGGCUGUAAACACUUAUUUUAUUUUAAGUCCAGGCUACACAUGUCUUUGGCUUUGUUCUGUUUAAUGAUUUUUUUUUUAAAAAAAGAAAGUAUGCUGUGUGAUGUUGUAUAUAUGUGCAAUACAGACCAAAAUAUACCAGCUUUACAUAAUCUUUGUUGUAUUUUUCUGGUCUUUUAACGCCAUGUUUUUUUUUUUUUUUUUUUUUUUUUUGGAUAUACCAAAACUGAAAACCUUUUGAGACGCAUCUUUACCGUUACACCAGUAACCUAGAUCCCAUAACUGACCACAGGUCUGUGGUUCAUUAAAAAGAUUAAAAGUAAACGAAUCACUUUGAGUGAAGUCAUCUCCGCUCGUGAUGGAUCCUCAUUAGACAGGGUCAACAGGAGCACUUUGUGUUUAUAUGUGUGUGUGUGUGUGUGUGUGUGUGUGUGGGAGCUGCUGACCAGACACUAGUGGUCACACCUGCUUCCUGUCGGGGUGAAACUAUCAUCUCUGUGGUCAAACAUCAAAUAUAUAUAAAUAUAUAUAAUUAGAACAACGUUUCAAGUUGACACGGCAGUGUGAUACGGCAUGUGGACGUGUGACCCCUGUAGGACCCACUGUAGGAUCACAAUUUGAUUUGAAGCUGGGCAUUUUAUUUUGGUAUGGUAAUCCCAGGUGAUUUUUAUUGCAAACAUAAUUAAUUAAAGAUGUUAUUGAUUUACAUUG